AUGACUUCUCGUCUGAUUGACAAGGUUGUUCCCGCCACGUCUAGCGGCGGCCCCGUGUCGCGCUUGAUCGGAAGCGUAGAUAUAGACGGCAAGGGCACGAGUCACGCACUGCCCGAAGUCGAUCCAUUCAUCUUGCUCGAUCUCGCCCAAUUGAACCAGCACAACCGUCCGCCGUUUGGUGCACAUCCGCAUCGGGGCCAUUCUGUGGUCACGUUAUUGUUACAAGGCCAAAUGCAAUCCUGGGAUUCUUUCUCGAACCAACACACCACGAUUAAAGGUCCAGCAUCCUACUGGGUUGACGCCGGUACCGGGGUUUUCCAUGACGAAACCAGCGUGAUUGCGGACGAAUCAGAUCCAGCUCAGCAUAUCAAAUUGCUUCAACUCUGGGUUGGUGUCAAGGAAGCCGAUCGCCAGAAACCGGCCAGGCUGCAGUACGACACGGAUCUUCCCACGACGGAUUUACUGGACUGUGAGACGAGCCGAAAGGCCGGGACGGUCACUCAUUACGUCGGAGAAAAGACUACGAUCGAAACGCCACAUCCCCUGGUCGUAUUUCAUGUGCAGCAAAACGCCAACACGAGUGUAGACCUGUCCAUAGACCCCUCCCACGGAGGCUUUAUCGUGAUGCUCAGUGCCGACGACGCUGCCGCGACAGUACAGUUUGGGGGGACGACUUCGCCGCUCAAACAGCAUGACGUAUUAGUCUUGGCAAACGACGUAUCAACAUCGAGUACUGUGAAGGCAACGACUGGUGAUCAUUCUGCCGAGUACAUGGUUUGUGCAGGAGCAAAGCACGGCGAGGCCUGGGUCAAAAAAUUAGUAGCGAACGGUGCCAUUAUUUGCGCUACCACCGAACAAGCUCAGGAUGUGGCCCCAAAGGUCGAGGCCUACGCUGCAGCCGGAAAGGUAGAAGGUGGCAGUUUUGCACCUUUCGGAUCUUAA